UUUUGACAGAUUUUUGAAACAUGAACGACGUGCCUCGCAAACGAGCUCACCUCGAAUCGACCGCGAGCGACGCCUCAGUGGAUGCAUCAUCAUCCUCAUCCUCAUCGCUGUCAUCAGGCAUCCAGCGUGAUGGCGGCGCAACGGUGGUCCACUCUGAUCAGCGGCACAUGCAGCUGAAUCCGAGCGACGAUCUGCGCAUCCGAGCCAUCCACCCGCUGAUUCCGCCGCAGAUCCUGAUGGAGGACAUUCCCAUGACGACGACUGCGCUGAGCACGGUGCAGAGGGCGCGCGUCGAGUGCCAGAACGUCAUCGCCCAGCGUGAUGACCGACUCCUCGUCAUUGUCGGACCGUGCUCCAUCCACGACCCGGCAGCCGCGCGCGUGUAUGCCCAGCGCCUGCGGGAGCAGAUUGGAAUCCACGCUGCCGAUCUCGUCAUUGUGAUGCGCGUCUACUUUGAGAAGCCCAGGACGACCGUUGGCUGGAAAGGCCUCAUCAACGAUCCCUUCCUCGACGGCUCCUUCAAGAUCAACAAGGGCCUCCACAUUGCAAGGCAACUGCUGUGCGACGUCAACGAGAUGGGCGUUCCGGCAGGCGUCGAGUUUCUAGACACAAUCACGCCGCAGUUUCUCUGCGAUUUCAUUUCGUGGGGUGCGAUUGGCGCAAGAACCACGGAGUCGCAGAUCCAUCGAGAACUCGCGUCUGGCUUGUCAUGCCCGGUCGGCUACAAGAAUGGCACAUCGGGCUCGGUGGAUAUUGCCGUGGACGCAAUCCGCGCAUCCAAGGCGCCACACCACUUCCUGGGUGUGAACAAGUAUGGGCUUGCUGCUAUUGUGACGACGGAUGGAAACCCCAGCUGCCACCUGAUUUUGCGCGGCGGAAAGAGCGGUCCCAACUAUGGCCCGUCGCACAUUGCCGAGUGCAGCGAGCGUCUUGAGAAGGCCAGCGUCAACACUGGCAUCAUGGUCGACUGCAGCCACGGAAAUUCCAACAAGGACUAUCGGAACCAACCCAAGGUUGCUGCGGCUGUGGCAGAGCAGCUUGCCGCGGGCGCGCGCAACAUUAUUGGCGUCAUGAUUGAAAGCAAUCUGCACGAAGGCCGCCAAGACAUCAACCCCGAAACGGGUCUACCUGGGCUUCAGUACGGUGUCAGUGUCACUGAUGGUUGCAUUCACUGGGACGACACUGUUGCCGUGCUCGAGACUUUGGCUGCGGCCGUUCGAUCUCGCCGAAAUGUCAGCAUGGCUCAAUGAUCGAGCGAUGUCGCGUUUUCAAGCCCGUUUCAGCGUCCACGCAGUGUGCAAUCUCAACACCAGGAACCGAGAUCUCAAUGGGGGAUGCAUUCAGUCCCCGACAAAGUCCAAAUGUGCAUUGUUCUGCACUCUGCUAUAAUAAAUCAAAUUCAUGUACAG